GCGGGCUCCCGGGCCAGCGAUGCCCUCGCGGCCGAGCUAGGUCGGCGGGGCGUCCUCUCGCGUCGCCCCCGGGCCGGGGAAGGAGCCGUUCGGAGCCGCGGCCAUGGAGGCCAUCUGGCUGUACCAGUUCCGGCUCAUUGUCAUCGGGGACUCCACGGUGGGCAAGUCUUGCCUGAUUCGCCGCUUCACCGAAGGCCGCUUCGCCCAGGUUUCAGACCCCACCGUAGGGGUGGAUUUCUUCUCCCGCCUCGUGGAGAUCGAGCCGGGAAAACGCAUCAAGCUCCAGAUCUGGGAUACCGCGGGUCAGGAGAGGUUCAGAUCCAUCACCCGUGCCUACUACAGGAACUCAGUCGGUGGUCUUCUUUUAUUUGACAUUACCAACCGCCGGUCCUUCCAGAAUGUCCAUGAAUGGUUAGAAGAGACCAAAGUACACGUUCAGCCCUACCAAAUUGUGUUUGUUCUGGUGGGUCACAAGUGUGACCUGGAUACUCAGAGGCAAGUGACUCGGCACGAAGCAGAGAAACUGGCUGCUGCAUACGGGAUGAAGUACAUUGAAACGUCAGCUCGCGAUGCCAUUAAUGUGGAGAAAGCCUUCACAGACCUGACAAGAGACAUCUAUGAGCUGGUCAAAAGGGGGGAGAUCACCAUCCAGGAGGGCUGGGAAGGGGUGAAGAGUGGAUUUGUACCAAACGUAGUUCACUCUUCAGAAGAGGUCGUCAAAUCAGAGAGGAGAUGUUUGUGCUAGUCAGGCCUCUUAGUUCCAAGCCAUGCUCUGCUACCGGAACCUACCAACGCAACUGAAGUACACAGAAGCCUUGUGUGGCUGAGAGAACUCCAACUCCAUUUGGAUACCUAGAGAAUACCAAGCACACCUCCUUCCCAGGGGAGACUCUGGCAGGUUAGUGAGGCCUGAGCACUAUGACUGAGGGACUGUUUUGUGGCCCUGGUUGAGCAAUGGCUGUGUGCCAUUUGUGGACCACUUAUUAGGGGGUUAGGGUUUGGGGAGCUAGGCCCCAGAAAACUACACCUACAAGCAGGACAACCGUCUCAUGGUAUUUUAGCUCAUCCAUACGUCAUGAACAUAAAGAACUAUAUGGGGGGAGGCGGGGAGUGUAUCACCUUGGGAACUAUGACCAUAACUGAGAUGACUGUAAGGUCAGCUUAAUCAGUGAGAAUGCCCUACGUAAAAUCCCUGUGCUGGGUUUGGCUAAAAGAUACCAAUUCAUUUCUAAGCAAUCACCUAUAAGUGAAGAGUGGGCCUUUCAAGGUCUGGCAUUCAAAUAAAAAUGAGGUCAUUAUGAAAAAAGAGGUCAUUUACACACUAUUAUAUAUAAUUCCCCAAAGUCUUUGCCCGUAUAAUAGAAUGACCAGCUGGAAGAGGAAAAAAAUGUUUUUCCCAUGCAAGUUCCUGUCACCUGAACACCAUACACUGCCCUGGGAACAGCAGUCUGGAAACAAACAGCCUGCCUGCUCCUUCAGGCCCAUGGCAGCAACGACACAGGGAAAAGAGCCUCCGGAAACACUCAGUCAGUCAUUGUGUACAGAGCACCUGCUAAAGAGGAGGUACUGUACACCUUAUACUUUACAGUUUACAUCUCAAUAUCACUUGCUGUUAACUUACUUUAUCAUUACAACAGGCCUCUGAGGUCAUUAGCCCCGUUUUACAGGUGGCUCAACCAAGAGCCAGGAGAUUGACUUAGCCAAGGUCAAGAUCCUGACUCCUAGUUUCUUAUCUUUUCAUUGCACCAUCCUGCAGUCAGGUGAACAAGCUGGUUUACAAUGGUUUGGGAAGGGAUGUGUCUCUAAAGAAAUGUCAGGAGAUGUUUUUCUUAUUGAUGGCAACUCAACUAUAAUCCUGAGGGAUCCUGGGAAUGAAUCAAAGUUAAGGCCCAUUCAGGUAUUGCUGACAAGAGGGCUUCGAACAAGUGAAUGAUUGCACAACCGAAAACACUAGAACUGUGUGGGCACUUUGAUAAGUAUUCUUAUCACGGAAAGACAAUGGACACAUUAUUGAAAGGAACCAAUGCAGGAGGCUAGGAGACCUGGCCACCUGUUUGCCACACACAUACACCGGCUUCCUAUUUGCCCUAAAUCUCAGGUGACCAGAUCACUAACUACAUUGCAAUGGCUGGCGUGCGUCCACUGUCUCCUUGAAGAGAGGAGUUGCUGUAAACUGUUUGGGGGACUGUAGCCAGUUCCGCAAGGCAAAGCCAUACUUUUCACAGGAAGAAAACCAUUCUGAGUCAGAGUGAGGUUUCUCAUGUCCAUUGUGAUAGAAAAGCCUGAGAAUGAUCGAUUGCUUUGGGAGAGAAUAGGGAACCUCAGUAUAAAUGUGACUGAGUCGGAACAUUGGGGACUUGGCUCCAGCCAGAAUUAAGAAGCCAAAUAAUGAUAAUGAUGGAAAACUGUCCUGCCACCUGUGUCCCGAGUUGGAUGAGCAAACCAUACUGGACCACUUCACAGCAUCAACUGAUCAUCACCGUCAAGCGCAUUUCACAUCGUCUGGCUUGGGUGGGGGUGUUUACACCUCUGGGUUGUAGAAGACAACAGAAAACACGGCCAAUUGGAUUAACAAACAAUGUCAUCAACUACAAAACUUAAGUUUAGAGGAUUCUGAAAGCAAGAUUAUCCAGUGGAUAAAUGAGAGUUGACUGGAUUCUGUCAGUUCAAAAAAAAAGAUAGAAACAAACUUCUCUAUGGUUUUCUUGACUAAAAUACAUUAUAUGUAUACUUCUCCCAUUCCUUGCAUUUUUUAGGCAGGUUUAAAAAUACUCAGCAUAGAUCCAGCAGAGGUGGCUGAGCUUAAAAUUGCUUACACAAGUUCUAGAAACGUUACAAAGUAUUUUAGUAGAAUUCAGCACUGUUGUCACUGCAAUAAGUGGGUUUUAGAAAAUAAGUGUGAAAAAAUCAGGUGUUAACAUAAUACUAAGGAUAAAGCUUUAGAAGCUAUUUUACUACUUAGGUAAAGAAAAGAUAAAAUAACUUGUAACAAAGACCACACUGCAUGUUGGAUUAGAUUGUCUCAUAUCACAGAAUAAACUGUACUGUAUUCUUUCCCUCACUUUGUUGUGCACUAUACCGAAAUGUGAAAAAAUGCUUUAUUUAGCUGUAUGUGAAUGAAAAUAUGCUUGUAUUUAGUAAACUGGUGGAUUAUGUGA